GCGGCGCGAGGGUGUGUGUGUGCGUGUGUAUGUGUCUCUCUCUACGCCGCCUCACCCACACCAUCGCUGGCUAGCACUUGACUCACAGCAAAAACUUAUACAUUCAAAUCCACGUCAAUUUUCCCUCAUUCAGUCUAAAUUAAAGCCACAUAUUAGUGCAUCAGUGUAGCUAGAGAAGUGUGUAUUACAAACAUACAAACAUUUAUCCAAAGUUAACCACGCAAUGAAACUUAAUCCCUUGAAAUUAAAGUAAAAAUAUAUAUAUAUAAAAACGAAAAAUCUACUGUUGACAUGGUGCGUGUAAAUAAACAAAGUGUGUUGGUUGUUAUAUUUGAUCAGCUGAUGUUGAACCCCAGAUGAGCGAGAGAACUCCUCUGAUUGGCUACACACACCGUGACGUAACUGCAGAAAAACACAGUUACCAGUCAAUCUUAUCUCUUAUAAACUGAUCAUAUUAACGUUGUCAGUAUAAAAAAAGAUCGAUUAUUAUUUAAAUUAGAUAUAAUAAUUUUUUUAUUAUUUAAUUUUGUGUAUUUUAGAUCUAAGUACAGUUUUGGAUAUGACGAAAUAAUAUCCGUAUCUUAUAAGACUAAUUCUAAAUAAACAAUGAUGAUCAGAGUAUAAUAAUAACACUAUGGCAAUAUGGAGAAAAUACAAUAACAGAAUACAGGAAAAGGACGUAGAGGAUAGAUGAAAGAGAAUUAGGUUACGGAAAUACUAAUUGUAACUUUGCUUGGAAAUUUGAAAGUCGUCAAGUAGAGCUAUGAUUGGCUGGCCCGGGGUGACGUUAGCGGCCCCAGCCAGCCAAUGGGCAGGCAGGUACAUCCUCCUGGCCUUCUCCCUGUGUUUACAAGAUGUGACGUCACUGACCAGCGUUAAAGUGAUAUCUGCAAAGGACGGCGUGGUAGAAGGGUCAAUGGCCGUGCCUUCCCUGCCUGUGAGGAGAGUGGAGGGCGUGGCAGGGGCGCCCACACAGCUACCCUGCCUGGUGACCCACGCCCAUAAUGGUGAUGCUCCCCUCCUGGUGCUCUGGUACAAGGAUGGUGCCAGAUUCCCCUUCUACACUCUUGACCUACGAGAGGGCGGGGAACAGCAGGAGUACGUGGAUCCCGGGGUCAAAGGUCGGGUCAGGUCAGUUGCUACAGGUGCUCACUUGACCUUUGACCCCCUACAAGGUCGUGACACGGGCAGGUACAGGU